AUGAAUAUCCGCUCCGCGUACGCAGUGCCUCGGACGGCUCGCAACCUCCGACGCUGGCCGCCUUCAAGCUCGGUAAGCUCGGUCCGAGCAUUCUCGACGACAUUGCACCGUGACGCAACAUGGGGAUUCGUGGGAUUGGGCCAGAUGGGCUAUAACAUGGCCAAAAACCUGCGUGCCAAGAUUCCUGCUUCUGAUACACUCAUCAUUCGCGAUGUGAACAAGGAUGCCAUGACUCGGUUUGUCGAGGAGUCGCAGGAGAUCGCGAGGAGUAGUGGAGCCGGUGCGGAGGUAGGGCAGGUGGAGGUUGCUGAAAAUGCGCGUGAAGUUGCGGAGAAGUCGCAUGUCACAGAAGUGUACAAUUCCAUCAUGAGACCCGGAAAUCUUCCGGCUCUUGAGCAGGAGCGUCUUUUCAUCGAUACAUCAACCAUUGAUCCUGUCACCUCGAAAGGAAUCGCCAAAGCAAUCCACACGACCCAGACUGGCCGCUUUGUCGAUGCCCCGGUUUCUGGAGGUGUAGUUGGUGCCAAAGCAGGCACAUUGUCCUUCAUGUUCGGUGCCUCUGCGGAGAAUGAAGAGUUCCUUCAGCGUGUUCGUGGCGUUCUCGCUCUGAUGGGAAAGAAGGCAUGGCACCUUGGUGAACCCGGGUCUGGAGUAUCUGGCAAACUCGCCAAUAACUAUAUGUUAGCCAUCAAUAACAUUGCCACAGCGGAAGCCAUGAAUCUGGGAAUUCGAUGGGGACUGGACCCUAAGGCACUUGCAGAGAUGAUCAAUUCUUCUACUGGCCGUUGCUGGCCCUCCGAGUCGUGGAUACGGCACCGGCCUCACGGGGCUACACGGGGGGGAUUCGGAGUCAGCCUAAUGAAUAAGGACUUACGAUUGGCACUCUCGGCCGCCGAGGAAUCGGGAACUCCAUUGGCUUUGGGUGGUCAAGCACGGGAAGUUUAUAACGCCGUUGAAGCUGUGCAUCGAGGCAAGGACUUUUCGGUUGUGUAUCAAUGGCUACAUGAUAAGUCCCACUGA